GAACAGAGCCAGCCAAGGAGGUCUCUGCCUUGGAGUUUAGUCUACAAGCCCCUCCCCGCAUGCUAACAGGGAGCAAAACAGAGAACUGAGAGGUGCUGUCAUCAGGCGGUGGCCCUCAGAAUUUGCUCCUGAGCACUUGCCUGGCUGUCACCUGGGACCUCCCCGAAGCACUGCUGUCGAGGAUAUGCCCCUCAGGAGUUCUCCGAGCAGUGCUAUUAUGGAGCAUGCACACUUGUGUACCUUCUGAAUACUGCUGUUGGAUCUCUACUCGCUCCUGUGCUUCUGUCCAUGCUCCUGUGGACCCUGCCCAAAUAAUCCAGGACAGAGUGAGGAACGACUACGCACAGGGACAGCAGUGUCCUGCAGGAUGAAGGCACUUGAAGCCGUGGUCCUGACCCUGCUAUUGUGUGGGCAGCCAGGCAGCAGGCAGGCACAGGAGGAAGAGGAAGAGGAGGAUGACAGGGGUCCAGACAGCUAUGGCUAUGAUGAGGAGGAGGAGGAAGAAGAGGAGACCAACAUGAUCCCUGGCAGCAGAGACAGAGCACUGCCAUGCUACGUCUGCCCUUUGCUACACCAUGGGGACAGCUGUAACCAGAUACAGAGCUGCUCAAGUAGUCGGGACUCCUGCGUCAUGCUCGUUAGCCACAGCAACACAGAUUCUGGUUCCCUGACCACCUACUCCAUGUGGUGCACAGACUCCUGCCAACCCAUCACCAAGACCGUGGAGGGGACCCAGAUGACCGAAACCUGCUGCCAGUCUCCCAUGUGCAAUGUCCCACCCUGGCAGCAGCCCCAAGUCCAGGACCCGCAGAAUGGCAAAAUAGGCAGUCCCUGGGACAACAGAGCUGGUCAUCCCCAAACCGGUGGGUCACAGGCCCCUCCAAGCUGUCCAAAAAAUGUAGGCAUCGCCCUCUUACUCAGCUUCCUCACUAGCCUUUGGGUAGUGGGGACCUAAAGACCCAUCCCCUGCCCAUUCUCACACUGGGCCAGGCCAGCACUCUGUUCAGGGCUUCCUUUCCCCAUCACAAGCUUCCAAGAAUAAAUUUGGAGUGCCUUUCACAAUCCAUCAACCUCCGGCCCUCCUUGGAUCUGGGCCACGAGCACCUGCAUCCCUAGGUCCUAUGGUCUGUAGCAGUGUCCACUAGCUCAGCGCCAAGCACAGGUAACACUGCAUGCCUGGAGUAUGCCAUCUUCACCCUUAACUUCCCAGCACAAAAUUCCUCCAACUCAGUUGUCAUUUAGGUCAAAGAGCAGCCAGUGUUGGAUAAAGUUCUUCCCCCACCUGUCUGGAGCAACAAGGAUUUGGGGGUAUUGUUGUUUUUGUUUUAAAUAGUCUCUCUAAGUUUCCCAGGCUGGGGCUCAAGCUUGCCAUCCUUCUGGCUCAGCCUGAGUGACUGGGGUCACAGCCUGGGAAAGAGCUUUGGGGUGGAAAGAGGUUCUGGGAGCCUACAGGGGAGGUGGAGCCAGGGGAAAGCAGGAAGUAAUGAAGGACAGGGGAGAAUGGGAAGGGGGGAGGGAAUACUGGAGCUCAGCCCUAUUCCCACCUCUGAACUCCACCCUUCUCCCAGCCUGAUGGGCAUAGGGAGGAGGCUGGGAGUGCGACCAUCAAAUCUAUACUGGGAAGAGACAGAAAGGGCCUGUGGCCCUUGAGGUGGGAGCCUGGGCAGGAGAACCCUGCCUGGGCAGAUGGCAUCUCUUCUGUUGGGCUGGUCCACUGGCUGCUACCUCUUCGACUGUACCAAGCUCUGCUUCACCAGCAGCUGGUGAGAGGACAGAGCCCUGGGAUGGGAGGAAGAUACCCUCAGUCACUAACCCAGCCUCACCGUCCUUAUUUGAGCAGUAAGGACAAAGGCUUAAAGAACGUCAUAGAUUCCGGUGGCACAUCACAAAACCAAUAGACACUGAAACCAAAGGGACAUUUUCGAGCGCUUUACUAGCUGAGCUCAGGGACAACGCUCUCCCCAGAAACUGACAAGAAUGUGCACUGAGCCUAAGUGAGGCACAGUUCUUAAAACAGAAAACCACAAAAGUAGGGGGAAGAGGAGGGGGGCUUACAGAGUUAGUCAUGACCAAGGGUUAUCUCUUUGUUACUGUAGACAAGGUCACAUUUUGCAAAGUCACAUUUUGCAAAUCCUACAGGAAUAUGUCCUUAUUUGGCUUAGGUCACUAGCUCAACUUGGUCAGCUUUGGAGGGUCCUUUCCUGCCUGCCGAGCCCAUUCCAUCGUGCAGUAGGUGGCCUGCACUUGUCCACUCUGCCCAUUUCCUUAUCAAUAAAGCCCAGAGCCAGCUGGAGGUAGGGAGUUAAGUCCCUGGGUGAAGGGAGCACCCUUGUCUCCUCCCUGGGGACUGGAAGGUACAAAGCAGCCCUUUACACCAUGAAGCCGCCUGCUGAGCAUGAUAAGGCAACACGGGGGAAGGCUCUAACCACUGAUGACCAGAAGGCGUACACCAGCUCUGCACUGUCUGUCUCAGAUCUGCUGACCUCAGAGGGAAAUAAACUUCUUCUAUGCUGAA